AUGAAAGGGUUCACUUUAAAGGGGGCUACUAAGUCGAGGAGUAUUCCGAAAACAGAAAAUAAAAGGGUCGGUCUCGGUGGCCAUGAUUCUGAUUCUGAAGAUGACGCCUCUCAUACUGGUAAACAGAUUAUUGAAUCGGUCGAUGCCACUGGUGUAUCUGUAAAAAAUCCAAAAUUGGAGAAAAAGCCACCUAAAGAAGACUUGAUUAUUGCUCCUGUAGCUAACAGAGAUUGGCGUGAACAAGCAUAUAAACGACAUGGAGUUGGCAGUGGCACAGUGAACGGAUUGCCAAGGCCCAAUAAUGUAGCCAUACCAGAACAAGAAGAGAAAAUGCAAUAUGGUCUGAAUAUUCCUACCAAAAGACCGGAAACAGGAGUAUCCGUAGAUGAAAAACCAAACGAGCCAGAAAUUACCGAAAACAACGAAACGAGCGAAUCUCAAACUGGAGUCAACAUUACAGCCAGUAGCGACAUCCACAUGGACGAUGAUGAGGAUGAAAUUGAACCACCACUGCUGACAGAAGCUCAAGCAUAUUAUGAAGAUGUGACGUCACGUCCAGAUGCCCCCGAUCUAGCUGCAUAUGAACGAGUACCUGUAGAAGAAUUUGGUGCUGCCCUGCUACGAGGCAUGGGAUGGAAGGGUCCAUCUGAAGACGACAAAAGGGCAAUCGAGCAUGAAACGAGGAGGCCUGCAUUUCUUGGACUUGGAGCCCAACAGGUCCCUAAUUCAGGAACAGAGGAACUUGGAUCUUGGGGUGCAGGAGCAUCUAAGAAAGCAGCCAAAGUUGAGAGGACCUAUGUGCCAGUAGUAAAAAUCAAUAAAGCUACAGGUGAGAUUGUAAAUGAGGAUGAGGAAGGAGAUAACGACAAAUCAAAAAGCAGGCCAACAUCGAGGAGAGAGACUGAUCAUAGAAAGGAUGAAAGUAGGGACAGACGACGAGAAAGGGAUGAAGAUAGGACUAUAGGACGUUCAGACAGGGAAAGCCAUAGGGAAAGAGACAGGGAGAGAGAUAAAGACAGAGAAACGCGAAGAGAUCGGUAUAGGGACGAUUACAAGGAAAGGACGAGAGACCGGUAUAGAGAUAGGGAGAGAGAAAGGGAUAGAGGUGAUAGCACUAGGGCAAGAGACAAGGAGAGCGAGAGAGACAAACGCACUAGAGGUAAUGGUGACAGAUAUAGGGAAAUACGCGAAGACAGAGAUUCUCAAUAUCGCAAGGGAGAAUCAAAACGCCGAGGAAGUUUUGACUAUGAUAGCGAUAGCUCUUCCAAGAAACGGGCCACCUACCGUGACAGCUCACACAGUACCUCCGAUUCUCGUUCUCGCCCUCGAUAUGACAGCCAUCGCCGCUAG